AUGUUAUCAUUAUUCAAGAAUUUGUUUGGCUUUGGCAAGAAGAGGAAAGAUGAAAUGAAAAUUACUGUCAUGCUGAUCGGGCUUGACAAUGCUGGUAAAUCCACGUUUUUAGCUGCUUUAAAAGGGCAUGUGGAUUUCAAACCAAUGCCAACUGUUGGUUUUAACAGAGAAACCUUGAAGCAUCAACAUUAUGAAAUUACUUAUUUUGAUGUUGGAGGUGGAGUGAAUAUUAGAUCCAUAUGGCCCAAUUAUUUUCCUUCGAUACACGGAGCAAUUUUUGUGGUAGAUUCUGCCGAUGAAAAGAGACUUGAGGAAGCGCAGAAAUGUCUAGAAGAAAGUAUCAAACACCCUUAUUUCAAAGGAAAGCCGCUAUUAGUUCUAGCUAACAAGAAGGAUCUUCCUAAUUCAUUGGACCCUUCCGAAAUUUCUGAACGACUCAAAUUGCAUGAACUAGCUCAAUACGUUUCAAGUUUCAACAUUCUUCCUUCAAUUUCUAAAAGAGAGCUCACCAAAAACAAGUUGGACGACCACAUUGUGAAAGGUCUAGACUGGCUGAGUACAGAAAUUGAAAAGAACAUUGAAGAGCUGUCGAAAAGAAUAGAAAAAGAGGAAAAGGAAUUUGAAGAUGAAGAAAAACGAAUAGCUGAAGAAAAAUGGGAGAGAGUGAGGAAAAUGAGAGAAGAACGAUUAAGGCAGCAAGAGGAAGAGGAGCUAAAAAAGAAAGAGCAAGAAUCAAAGGAAUGA